CCUUCAUCAUCUCUCUCUCUUUCUCCACCUCGUACCCCGUUUCCCCUCUUUCAAACAUUUGGAAAACGUCAAACGGUGUGGAACAAAACAGAUGCUCCAAGAUCAAGCUCCACCAACGCACACAUCGUAAAGCGACCAGUCAACAUCGGAGCUUAAACUAGCUGUGUUAUCAUUUGCGAGUUGUGUCCAACUCCCGCGGUCAAUUACACGGUCAAUCCAGCACAGUGCGUAGUUCCGAGUGGAGGUGUUGAUCGUUCUGUGGGUGUUUGCAUCGAUUCGCCAAAGGGCUGUUGUUGAAUCGUACUGUGCUAGACAUUUAACCCGCCAUGGCGCUUAACGGGGGAACUGAAAAUCGUGCCAGCAGCUUGCGGUACAGCAAAGAAAAACUAUCCCAUCUGUCCACCUUCAGUAGCAGCUUCGACGAAUUCGGUCCACCGUAUGCGGAUUUACCAAUGGAGAUUUUGGUCAAAAUAUUCACUUACCUUACACCGUCCGAUAGGCGCGAGGCCAGCCAAACAUGUCGCCGUUGGUGUGAAGCAUCGCACCAUAGUGCGUUUCUCGAAAACUUCUGGCUCGUGCUGCACCGCCAACCGUUCGACGUGAAUGUACCGCCCGUACGCGAUCUUCUGGCCAGCUUCCGGCACUUCCCGAACAUUCAACUUUCCGAGGUGGAUUUUGAAAGGGUUGGAAACUUUUUCACCCACUUCGGACCACACAUCCAGCGCAUUGUGUUCCAGGCGUGCGAAAUACAGGAGCGCGACAUGAUCGCCAUACUACGCUGUUUGCCAGCGCUUCGUUCCCUGACGAUCGGAUCGUGCCGCGAUCUGUUCAUGUGUGUGCGACUGUUUGACGAUGCGGCCGAACGGGACAAACUUCGACAAACGCUUGCGAGCGUAAGCGAACUAGCGCUGACCCACAUUCAGUACCUUUCCGAUGGUAUUCUGCAUCGAAUAGUGGACAUCAUGCCCUCGCUGACUGCACUAAACCUUGCCGGUUGUCACAUAUCCUUCCACCAAGGGCUGUACCGGAAAUUCUAUCCAGGCGAUGGCAAACAACCGUCCGAGAGUGUGCUCACCUUUCACUACAUCUCGCGCUUGAUCGAGGAGCGAAAGGAAUCGCUACGGGCGCUCGAUUUUAGCGAAACACUCGUGGACGACAGUGCACUCGAGGUGUUGGCCGGUAUGAGUCCGUCCCUGCGCCUGGAACGGCUCGAGCUAAACCGUUGCGAGCAGCUCUCGAACCGAGGGCUCGGAACGCUCAUCACCGCCCAUGCGAACCAUUUGCAGUACUUGAACCUCUCGAAAACUUACCGGCUGACCGAUGCCUGUCUGUUGCAGAUUUGUCGCGAACUGGCCGGAUUGCGCGUGCUAAAGAUGCGCGAAUGUCGCGCCCUUAGCAAUCAGGGUGUGCGUGAGCUCGGGCAGCUGUCCGGCCUGCAAGUGUUGGACAUUUCCUACUGCAAGGAGGUAAACGGUACGGGCAUACUGGCGGGCAUUGCAUCCCGACCGAAUCACACGCUGAAGGAGUUACGCAUCCGUGCGCUAAAUCUGUGCGAACAGUCCAUUAUUGCGGUGGCGGAAAAUUUGACCGCGUUGCGCGUACUCGACCUUGGCUACUGUUUCCAUGCCGUGUCGGACCUGGGUGUGCAGUUUGUCAUUCGCAAUCUGGUUCACUUGAGGGAGCUUGAUCUAGAAAACUGCGGAAAGCUGUCGGACGAAGGUUUGACAGGGUUGGGAAUGCUUCCGAAGAUCGAGCGUCACGUACAGGGCAAUCAAUCCGAACCAGCAGCAUCGCGUGAUGUUGAGCAUGAAAAUGCAGAACCAAAUCAACCGAAUGCUGAUGCGGUGAAUCCCCCGGAACCGGAACCAGUGCCAGUGCAAGUAGCAAUACCUCACAUGCGUAUAUCGUUGCGUAGCCGUGCGGAACAGGAAAUCGUGGAGGAUGCUGAACGGAAGAAGCAACUUCUAGAGGCAAUGCAACGUAAAGACAAUCUUCAAUCGGCACGGGAUGAAUCAAAAUCGACCUUUAGCGGAUAUUACGUUGGACGACUUCAGCAGCUGUGCGUGCUCAAUUUAACCGGAUGCAAUGGACUCACCGAUGUGACAUUGAUGUGUAACUUUCGUAUGGUGGACCUCCGUAAACUAUGCCUUGCCCGGUGUCAGCAAAUUUCGUUCGAUGGUAUCCGUGCCAUGGUACAGGGCUGUCCAGCGAUCGAGGAACUCGAUCUUAGCGAGUGUCACAACAUCAAUGAUCGUGCGGUCGAGCAGGUGGUCGUCCAUCUGCGCCGUUUGCGCACACUAAGCCUCCGGCGCUGCUAUCAGCUGACCGACUUCAGUCUCGAUCAUAUCGCCUGCCACGGGCUUCAGCUGCGCGAACUCGAUGUGCGCGGUUGCAAGCACAUGUGUCCCGAUCCGGCCAUGCGGUUGGUAAACCUGCCACUGCUGGCAACGAUUCUAGCCGGCAAACAGGACGAAACCGGCACUGCGGGUGCGUUCGGUAGCGCGUUUGCGAUUAUGCCAACGCCACCACCACUACCGCCACCGCCACGUCUUUCGAUGCGUUUUUAACAGGACGUGGCUAUGGUUGAGCCUACUACUGCUGUUCGAUGCAGGAUGCUUGCUGCUAAUGGCAACGGUACUCGCUGGCUAGUCGCUAUGACAGUUAUACUGCUUGCUUGCGCGAUACGCAGGUUUUUUCUAUCGCUACCGCCUGAAAUCGUCAACUGAAAUGAGAUCGCAACGGAGGAAGUUUUUAAUAUUAAUUUAAAGAAAAAUUAACACCACUGCACAACGAACAAUGCGAUCCAUUCUUACGCGAACGGUGCCAUCUGUUUUAUCUUCCUGUUCGGAAGUCAAUUUUAGGCUUACGAAACUCACUGAAAGUGUGUAUUACCUAGUAUUUCCUUGAAAAGGAAAACGUUCUUCUUCUUUGGUGGUAAAUACAACCUCAAGAAGUGUAUUUACCCGUAGGAUAAUAAUAUGUCCUCCAAAGGGGUGGUAUGGUACGGAUGAGAUUUGAUAGCCAGUCCUGACGUGUAGAGACCUAUCCGGGCCGCCCCGGACACAUUAUCUAGCGGAAAAUCUAACUAAAAUCAUCGUCAACAUCGUGAAUUUUUUUUCUUAAAUGAAUAAAUUAACACUACCUUUAAACUCUAUCGUGAUAUUAUCGUUAAACUGGCUGGAUAACUAACAACACCGCACGGGUACGUGUUUCUUUGACACAUUUUACCGUAUCACUAAACGUGUAUUAGCUACAAUCAGAUUUAUUGCUCUCGGAACGGUUUUGGUUUUGUUGCUGCAUUGUAAAUAAUGUAUCAUCCAUUCACUCAUUAUCCCUUUUCUUUUCUACAUCUAGACAAACCACAUCUCGUCGCUGAGAAUGGUUUGAAUUAUAUACCUAUAUACACUGGAAGCUAAGAGAAAAUCAAAAUACAAAAAGAA